AUGGCUUCGACCAUGCAUCUGACUCUUGUGCUUCUAUGCCUUGUCGUUAGUCACGCUCAGGGGUCCAGCCGCGUCCUCCGAUGGUCUGACGACUCAGAUGUCUCGCCGUCGACGACAAGUUGCCCGUCGAUCACUUCAGGACAUACCAACGGCAACAAGCUGCCGCUCGUGCACCGGCUAAGCCCAUGCUCUCCCGUCACCGGCGGCGGCGCUCAGAAGAAAGGCAAACCAUCGCUGCAAGAGAUCCUUCACCGCGACGGCCUCCGCCUGCAAUAUCUAUCUCAAGUCCAAGCUGCUACGGCUGCCGCUGCCCCCGCCGCUGCACCAGCCCCGUCAGCAACCACGCCGGCAUCGGGCCUGUCCGUCCCCGCCACGCAGAACAUCAUCAGCAGCCUCCCCGGAGUGUUCGAAUACACGGUCCUCGCCGGUUACGGCACUCCGGCGCAGCAGCUGCCCCUGUUUUUCGACGUCAGCGGCAUGUCCAACAUGCGGUGCAAGCCGUGCUUCUCUGGGUCCUCCGGAGGGGAGACGACGACGACGUGCGACGUGGCGUUCGACCCUUCAAUGUCGUCCUCGUUCCGCAGCGUGCUGUGCGGCUCGCCGGACUGCGGCGGCCAUUCGUGCUCUGCUGGUGGAUCGUGCACCUUCACCUUGCAGAACUCGACUUUCGUGUUCGGCAACGGCACCAUCGUGAUGGACACGCUCACGCUCUCGCCGUCGGCGACCUUCGAGAACUUCGCCGUCGGCUGCAUGCAGCUCGACAACGACUUGUUCACCGACGGCGUGGCCGUUGGGAACAUCGACCUCAGCCUGAGCCGCCACUCCCUGGCGACCCGUGUGCUCAACUCCUCGCCGCCCGGCAUGGCUGCGUUCUCGUACUGCCUCCCGGCGGACACCGACACCCACGGCUUCCUCACCAUCGCUCCGGCACUGUCUGACUACUCCGACCACGCCGGCGUCAAGUACGUGCCGCUGGUGACCAACCCGACGGGGCCCAACUUCUACUACGUCGACCUCGUCGCCAUCGCCAUCAACGGCGAGGACCUUCCGAUCCCGCCGGCCUUGUUCACGGGCAACGGGACGAUGAUCGACUCGCAGUCGGCGUUCACCUACCUGAACCCGCCCAUCUACGCUGCUCUCCGCGACGAGUUCAGGAAGGCGAUGUUGCAGUACCAGCCGGUGCCGGCGUUCGGCGGGCUCGACACGUGCUACAACUUCACCUUGGCCGAGAACAUCUACCUCCCGGACAUCACAUUGAGGUUCAGUAACGGCGAGACCAUGGACCUCGACGACAGGCAGUUCAUGUACUUCUUCCGCGAGCACCUCACCGACGGGUUCCCCUUCGGGUGCCUCGCGUUCGCAGCAGCACCAGAUCAGAAUUUCCCCUGGAACUAUUUGGGAUCCCAGGUGCAGCGGACCAAGGAAAUAGUCUACGACGUACGCGGUGGCAUGGUUGCCUUUGUCCCCAGCCGUUGCGGCUUGCGUUGA